AUGCGUGGAAUGAAAGGAGUCGUUUACGUAAUAACAAUCACCAUAAGCGUUAGCAAAUGUGAAAAUGAUAUAAAUUCAACGAGAAUCAGUGACGUCACAGAAGAAAAUAAUAAAACAAACAAUUCGACAAACGUAUCGAUAAAUUGGACAAACGACGACUAUGAUUUUUUCAGUGAAAAAAGUGAAAAUUUAAACGAUUUAAAUUUCGAAUACGAUGAUGAUGAUGAUCUUGGUGAUGAUGAUGAUGUUGAUGACGUAAACGGAGGAGGGAAAAUCUCACAAACCAAAAUAAAAGAAUCAGAAUUUGCAGAAAAACAAAUGCAAGAUGCUUUGCUUAAAGCAAUGAAUAAACCAAUGAUAAGAAAACAAAUAGCAGAAGUUAUACCGAUAUUAAGAGUUAUGUCACCUGCACAAAGACUAACACUUGCAGCUUUGGUAUCAUCUCAAAUAAUGUCUCAAAAACCAUCGAGUGAAACGAAUUUAUCAGAAAUUGCGACAAUGUUUGCUGGAAAAAAUUCAGACAAUGAAAACAAUCGUAAAAAUGUAACGGAAUAUUUAUUAUUACCCAUAAGCGUUGACAUAGCUAAAAUGUUUAGAGGAUUGGGUAGAGAAGUUGGAAGAAAUUUAAAAGAAAAUAUUUAUAAAGCACAUGAAACGAAUAAUGAAAAUACGAGAAGAUUUAAAAGAAGACAUCCGUCAAAACCAAAUAAUAAUAAUAAUAAUAAAUCUUUUCAUUCGCAUGUUUCAUCUCAAUCUUUACCUUCUCCAUCAUCUCCACCUCCAUCCUUAUCUUCAAUUUCUCCGAAAUCUAUUUAUUCUACAACUGUAUCGAAUCGAAGAAAAGAUGAUGUCGAAUAUUACGUUUACGAAGAAGAAAAUUCAUCAUCAUCAUCAUCUGGAAUUUAUGAACCUUCUGGAGAUAUAAAUAAACAACCCGGAAACGAAGAAUGUGAUUUUUUCACAAAAAGUUUAUGUCUCGAAGUUUCUAAUUAUCCGACUGAAGCCAUUAUAUCAAGUUUGAAAAAAAAUUUAGACAUAGCAAAAACUUUUCUCGCUGAUUUUUCCAUACCUUCGGGAAAAGAUGAAUCGAAUCCGAAUAAAAUAAGUCGGUUAACAGGUCGACGUUUGGAAGUAUCGGAAAGGAGGCAGGAUGAUAAAAAUGAUAUCAGUACCGGAAUCGAAGGAGGUUACAUGUGUCCAUCAUCGGUGAAAUUUGCAAGGCCAAAAAGAGCAAGAACAACAGCCGGUAACUGGAAAUAUAUCGUAAAUACUGGAGAUUACACGCAAACACUUCGUCUGGAAAUAUGCAUGAAACCUAAAACCCCUUGUUCUUUUGUCACGAAUCAUUUAUCAUCAGAAUGUGCUCAGGUAUUUAAUUACCACAGAUUAUUAACGUGGGAUGAAAGCAAAGGACUUCACAUGGAUGUCUUUAAGGUACCCAGUUGUUGUUCUUGUCACAUACAAGGCUAUACUAAUUUUUAUCCACCGAAUGACGAAUAUGCAUAUGCCGAAAAAAGAAAAGAACCGCAACCAACAUCGGAAUAUCCCGUAGUCAUAGACGUUGUAAACAACAGAGAAACGCCAAUACCGAUACCACUUGGUGGUAUAGAUAAUACCAAUGAAAAACCUCAAGUGUUUUACACGGCAAAUAUAAUGAAUGAAAAUUUACCGGAACAUUUAGUACCGCCAGGUCCUCCUCUACCACUAGAAAAUGAAUAUUACCAUAAAAAGGGCCCUUUAGAACAUAAUACGAGGCAUUCAGUUCCCGUUGAAAGCACAAGGAAUAAAAUAACACAAGAACAAAUAGUUUUACAACAAAGGCCAAAUUUAAUAAUACCUCAAAUUCAUCAUUCAUCAUCGUCAUCAUCACCACUACUUUCUCCGUCUGAAUUCGAAUCUAAAAAACAAAGUCAAACGGCAACCCGUUACGUUUUACCAUUGAUAAACGUUCAGCAACAACAACAACAAUCGAUCGGACAUUACAACGAUUAUAAAAAAAUAAAACCUGUGAUCGAAACUGGAAUUUAUUCAAAUCCAAAUAACGAUUUAUUACUUCAAAGCGCGAGCAUUAAAUAUAAUUCGAGAACUCCUUUGCAACAAUAUUACAACAAUCGAAAGUACAACGAUAACAAAUCAUUAUCCAGCAGAAUAAAUCCGAUAUACGCAACACCACCAAAAAUAAGAGAAAAAGAAAUUAAAAAGAAAAUGGCGGCGGCGGCAGUGACGUCAACAACAACAACAACGACGACAGCGUCACCUAAAGUCAUAGAGACAAUAUCAUCGUCGGGUCAUAAAAUUAAUUAUAAUUAUCAUCCGAUAAUUGAUUUUUUCAAAACGGAAACGAAUAAAAAAAAAACAAAAAUUUAUCAUAACUCAUCCAAUUUCCGUUUAUCCUCACCUCAAGACUGGACUCCAGUAUUGAAUCAACAAACAUCUUAA